UGGGAUAGGCGCUUCCCGUGGGCGAUGACGCCUUUCGCGCUUAUCUUUCCCGCUGCUCCGCGUCUUCCAGAGAAGCGAGACGACCUUGGCACCCAGCUUCCGUCACUCGCUCGCCGCGCUAUAUAAACCCCACAUCCUUGCAGCGGUUUUGCCGCAAUCAACAAGAACAAACAGCUAUCACCCCGCGAUCCAUUUGCCCAAUCAGAUCAAGGCGUGUAGAUUUGAUUUUGGUUUUAUUACUCGCAACCUGCACGUUGCCCUCAGUCACCUGGCGGCGGAGAGAGAGAUCGGAGAUGAGCUCGGUGUGCGCGAGGCCCGUCGGCGUGGGGUACCUUGUCGGCGGGGCGGCGAGCAGCUGGUCCCAGCGGCGGGGGCGUGGGGUGGCGGCGCCGCGGGCGAGAGUGAGGGUGUCGGCCUCGGCCUCGACCGUGGCGCCGGAGAGGCGGGCGGCGACGAUGUACGAGGUGCUGGCGGUGGAGGAGACCGCGGGCGCCGAGGAGAUCAAGGCGGCGUACAGGCGCGCGGCGCGGCGGUGGCACCCGGACGCGUGCCCGGGGGGAGCCGAGCGCUUCAUGCUGGCGCGCGAGGCGUACGAGGUGCUCUCCGACCCGGAGCGGAGGCGCGGCUACGACAUCCAGCUCCGCUGCUGCGGCGCCGGCGCCGGGGCCCAGGCGGCGCGGCGGGCCGGGUUCGCCGACUGGGAGGCGCAGCUCGCCGGGCUCCAGUGGCGGGCCGCGUCGCGGGAGACGUGGGGGAGCAGGAUGCGCCACCGUCAGCCGUCUCCGUCCUGAGCCGAGAAUCGCAGAAUUCGCAGUGGCUUUUUUGAAUUUUGAAUUUGUGUUGAGUUUUCUCUUUUUCUUUCACUUUUUUUUUCCUCUUCUGUAGCCUUCCUUGGGAUGUGUAUAUACCAUACGGAGUAUUAGGAUAUGAUCUAUAGGUGGUACAUGGUAGUAGUAUAGAAGAAUGUACAAAUUUCAAACAUUUUGAAUUCUGAUACCUACUUUUUGGGAGGAAAA